ACGGGUUUCAGUCGAGUUUGGGGCCUCCGCGGCGAUACACGAUAUUCGAGAUUCGAGAUCCACAAACGCGAUGACUAAUUCCCUGAUAAUCGCAGUGUUUUUGGCCAGCCUGUGCCUUUGUUUUGGCCAAAUGCAGGCAGCCUCGAUUGUCUGCGGCUCCGAAGCCAAGUCUGCAGGGGAUUCGGGCUCGGAUUCGGAUGUGGAUGCGGUGACCACUCCCAGUCCCAGUGAGGUCAACAAGUUCGUCCACAGUCUGCAGUGCACUCUGGAGAAGGCCAAGCCCUGGAUAGCCAACAUCGAGAAGGAGGCCAAAAUCUUGGAGGAGAAGGCCAGGGAUGUGACCAGGUCGCUGUUCCAGCGCAUAAACAUGCUGGUCAAUGUGCUGGCGCUUCCUGCCAACUCUGAAAAGGAUAAGGAAAAGGAUAAGGAGCCUGAGAAGGAGGUCACCACCACCACCACCGCCGAGGAACCUUCCUCCACUUCGGAAACAUCUAGUUCCUCCAAAAAUGAUUUGAAGGAGGAGCAAACCACCUCUUCUCCGACUCCGGUUCACUUGGACUGGCUGGAGGAUCAUGCCAAUGAGGUGGACUACGUCCCAGAGAAGAAUUAGAUAAGCCAUAUACCUACAAAUAUUUAUAAUAAUUAAUAAAGUUUCCAGGUCUUACAAGGCAUGGAGCAUUUCCUAUUUAUGAUAAA